CUAACAUACUCUGGUGCAAUGACAGAAGAAAACGGAAUAGCUGUCCAUCCACAAAACAAAUUACUAUACCCCGAAUCUGGUGGAUCUGACAAAGAUAAAAGAGGGAUGGAACUCGAAAAUGAGAAAGGUUUACGACCCCAGGAGAACGACAGCAUCCUCUCCGAUGAAUUGAACUUUCUUGGGCGUAAAAAGAAGAAACGGAGUAACAAACCAGGUCUGUUAAAUGACUCCUUUAAAGAGGAAAUUCCAGAAAAUAUUGAUGAAUUGAAGGAAGAGAGGAAGCUAAGCGAGGGGGAUUAUCAAUAUGAAGAGCUUUUAGAUAUUCUCUAUAAUGCCCUGAAAAAGGAACAUCCUAAUCUUUGGGAACAACAGAAUUCUAAAAUGCGGAUCCCUGCUGUGUGCGCAGUCAAGGAAGCAAAAAAAACGGUCUUGCUCAAUUUCACAGAUAUCUGUAAAGCAAUUCACAGACCUCCUAAACACGUACUGGACUUCUUAUUCAGCGAAUGUGCGACAAGCGGUUCAGUUGAUAUCAAAAACAGAGUUUGUUUGAAAGGAAACUUCAAACCCUCAGGGCUCCAGAAAGUCGUUACAAAUUACGUCAGAGAAUACGUCAUGUGUGCCUCCUGUAAAUCAUUUAAUUCACUUCUUAUUCGGGAAACACGCCUUAACUUUGUUCAUUGCGAGGGUUGCGGAUCCAGGCGGGCGGUGAAUGCUGUCAAAUCAGGCUUUCGAGCAGUUACUUCUCGAGACAGACAUCGAUAGAUGUCCCACAAAUGUACAA